AGUAGGUGGGGUUUCAGGCGUACACCAUGUACACGGACAUUGAAACUAGGCGAUCAGUCUCUAAAAGACACUUAAAGAAACUCUUAAAUGUUUACGUGGAGCUGCAGCCACAGCAACGACGCGGAUGUUAAGGAUUUUUAUUCCGUUUGUUUACGGUUUCCUCUAAACCGCCACGGUCCCGUCCGCCAGAAUGAACGCGUCUCCAGGAUUAAAGUGAGCCAUGUCUUCUGCUGUUUACCUGCUGCUGGUGCUGUGCUGUCACCAGCGGCUCGCCUCGGGCUCGCGUGCCCUCAGGGAGCAGCCUGUUGUCGGGUCUUCUCUCAACAACACACUGCUCAUGAUGUGGCGAGACAGCAACGAUAAGUGUGACCUUGUGAUGAACCUCAGUGCUAAAGACCGCUGUGCGUUUGUGAAGAACACACCAGACUGUAACAUGGAACAUGGCUUCAUCAACUACCUUCACGUGACCUUCUGUCUGCUUCCUCCCAACCUCACGCCUCUCACCAUCAUUCUCUGUAUCAUAUGGCUGCUCUGUCUGUUUCUCAUUCUCGGACUCAUUGCCUCUAAGUUUUUCUGUCCCAACCUGUCAGCCAUCUCUACCAGUCUGCACCUCACUCACAAUGUGGCUGGUGUGACGUUUCUGGCUCUUGGUAAUGGAGCUCCUGACGUCUUCAGUGCCAUAGCAGCUUUCUCCCACCCGCACACCGCCGGGCUGGCUGUCGGAGCCUUGUUUGGAGCUGGUAUAUUUGUCACCACAGUGGUUGCAGGCAGCAUUGCGCUGGUGAAGCCUUUCGCUGUGGCCUCCCGUCCAUUUCUGCGCGACGUCAUCUUCUACAUGGUGGCAGUAUUUUGGACUUUCAUCAUGUUGUACAGAGGAACCACGUCACUGGGAGAAAUACUGGGGUACUUAAGUCUCUAUGUGGUGUAUGUAUUGACUGUUAUUAUCAGUGCCUACAUCUACAACCGGCAGAAAAAUUCGAUAAACUCCAGUGUCCGGAGCGAUGCACAUAAUCCAGCAGAGUUUCACUCGUCCGACUCGUCUGAUGAGGAAGUCGUCCCCUCUCUGACUGCAGGGAGCAUCCAACAGGAGUAUGAGUCAGAGUCAGAGUCAGAGUACAGGCCACUUCUACCUUACUCUGAGUCCACAAGUCAGAUCCUGCUAAGCUCUCUAAACCCAGUGGACAACAGGAAGUGGAGGAGGAAAUCAUGGAGUUGGAGAGUCCUCAAAGUACUGAAGACGCCCCUAGAGGUCCUGCUGCUGCUCUGCAUCCCUGUGGUCGACCCCGAUAAAGAGGACAGGAACUGGAGACGCCCACUGAACUGUUUUCAUCUGAUCACUGCUCCUCUGGUGUGUGUGCUCGCCUUUCAGUCUGGAAUCUAUGGAGUUUAUAUGAUCCAGGGGCAGUUUCCCCUCUGGCUGCUGAUACUUCUGCUGGGAUUCUUCCUGUCUGCUAUUGUGUUCUGCACCACCACUAAUGACCGUCCUCCCAAAUAUCAUCCACUGUUUGCUCUCUUGGGCUUUGUGGUGAGUGCAGUGUUGAUCAGUGCCGCGGCCUCUGAAGUGGUCAGUCUUCUGCACAUGCUCGGUGUGGUGCUGAGUCUCAGCAACACCGUGCUGGGGCUAACUUUGUUGGCCUGGGGCAACAGCAUAGGAGACUGUUUCUCUGACAUCACCAUAGCCCGGCAGGGUUACCCACGAAUGGCCAUAGCUGCCUGCUUUGGCGGCAUCAUUUUCAACAUGCUGUUUGGAGUGGGCAUAGGAUGUCUGGUGCAGAUGGUCAACACGCACACCGGUGUGCAGUUUGAGACCGAGGGUUUGUUGACGUGGGUUCUUGCAGGAUCUCUGGGCUUGUCUAUGGUCCUGUCCUUCGUCAUUGUUCCACUGAGCCGGUUCCACUUGGGUCGGACUUAUGGGAUCUUCCUCCUCGUCUUCUAUGCCAUCUUCCUCCUCAUUGCGCUGCUCACGGAGUUCGGUCAGAUCCACCUUGUGUAGAUUCUAAUCUCAGGCCAGUCUGAGAUGAGGGAUGUCCUCCCGUGAAGCAAAAUGACACACUGGAACAGAACUUCAACCUCUUCGAUGCAUAAUUUUAAUGCACUAUUUAUACAACAGUCAACAGUACUUUGUGCACUUGCCUUUCAGCAAAAGCCAUCCGAAACCACGCAGUCAAAAGAAUGACAGACAGACUUUUAUGCUCAGAAAGAGCUGAAACUUUCACACUGUGCCUUUAUUCAACUUCUUGUUUGUGCUGACUGGAGCGGAGAUGGCACUUUGUGAGUCCAGACGGGAAACACAGAUUGUAGAAAUGUGUACUGUUUAACAACAUGUUAAAAUGACCUUGUACAAAGCUGCUUCUAGGGCAUUAAAUAUUUUUUGGUUUGUAUUUGUUUUUACAGGGCGUAGUAAUGGUAUGCUGGUCUGUGUUAAAAGAUACAUUGUAAGUAAAUAAGCAGUUACCAGCAGUAUGAUAAUACAGCAAAAAUACAUAUGCACUUGACAAUUUGAAAA